GAAGGACAACAUUAGAUGGGGAAAAGCACAUUCAUGCGUGCAGCUAUUUGUGGCCAGCCCUUUUUUCGCGUGUUGGGCAGCACUCAACUAUUUGUUCAAAAGGCGUUUGAGUCAUUGGAUUUGUGGGCCGUCACGAACAUAUUUUGCUCAUCCUUUCGUCCAUUCAGAGGACAAUGGACGAGGCUAUGGCAACCACCAGAGAUACUUCGUUUCUUCAACUACAUAACAACAGUAGGGAGGAAAACGCGAUCCUCACAUCUGCCAGCAAUUCAACGGAGAUGGCUGGCUUUUAUCAAAGCUUUCCCCAUUGUGUUCUGCCGAACGUUUCCAUAUCCAACAUAUCCGAGUCGGAGAAGUUGUAUUUCCCGCUGUUCGAGUUUGUCAUCAGCCUCGUUCUAUUAGUUGUCGUCGCUCUUCCCGGCCUGGUCGGAAACUUUAUUUCCAUUUUUAUUCUAUCACGACCUCAGAUGAGAACGUCUCUCAACGUCAUCCUUAUCGGCUUGGCCAGUUUUGAUUCUAUUCUACUGCUCACAUCGAUUUUGCUGUUUGUUGUCCCAUCAAUUUACACGUACAGUGGCGUUGGCGAGUUUUACUACCGUCACAUUCACCCACUCAUAACGCCCUACACGUUCUUGCUGGGCACAACUGCUCAGACAAGUUCUGUUUAUCUUACUCUUACGGUGACGGUUGAACGUUACAUUGCCGUAUGCCAUCCACUUCGUGCACGAGCGUGGUGCACAUGCAAACGGGGACGAAUGGCUGUGAUCAUCAUUGGAAUUGGUUCUCUUUUAUACAACUUACCUCGUUUCUUCGAAGUAGAGCGAUGUCUCUACGUUGACAACGAGUUGGGCGAAUCGUGGAUCAUGCUCAUCCCUUCAAAUCUACGAAAUGAUAAAACUUACAUAACCGGUUACAUCGUGACCCUCUAUUUCCUCAUCAUGAAUUUUGUUCCAUUUACUUCACUGGCAAUAUUGAAUGGAGCCAUUUACAAACAGGUGCGGAAGGCGAAUCGCGAGCGCUCUUUGCUUACCAAUUCACAAAAGAGGGAAAUUGGUUUAGCAACAAUGUUACUCUGCGUCGUAGCUGUCUUCUUCAUAUUCAAUAUCUUGGCUAUGGUCGUCAACAUUUUCGAAGUAGCCAAUAUCCUUGUGGACGAAAUGACACGUGUCAGCAACCUACUCGUUUCGGUCAAUUCGUCCGUCAACUUUGUGAUUUAUUGCAUCUUUGGAGACAAAUUUCAACGCCUAUUUCUACGCUAUUUCUGCUACUGCUAUUGCUGCUGUAGGCGAAGGCAUCCGCAAUCCGGGAGAAGCUCGCCUGACAAUCCGGACAAUUCCGUAUCUAUGGGCGCCCAUCCAGGAGACGUCCACCGAGUUUCUACGUUCUCCACUCGGUCUAAUGUCACGUCAGGCCGAUUGUUAUCGAUCUCUCGUAUGCCUGUGCAUACCGUUCGCUCAAAUGGAAACAUAAAUGGAUACAUCUGUUCGACAAACCGAGGAGGCGGUAUAAGUAGUAUCUCAACAGCUUCUCGUUCUACGUCCGAUUGUACCGGGCAGCUCUAUCGGUCGGCCAAUCGACAUCAAUCUUCAACGCCGCGGCCCAGCAUUCAAUACGACAGGAACACGUAUAACAGAGCUAAACUUUCCAACGCUUAGGGCUUCUACACCAGGAAAUAGUUUAAUCGUAUAAAUGUUUAUCACCGGAGCAUCUCUAGGUUACGUUCACGAGACAAGGUCUUCCUAUUUAUUUUGAACGAUCAAUCACGAUCUUUUGCCAUAUUGUCCAUAUAAUAGUUUGGCUAUCCUGCGAAUGUGAGAGAAAAGAAUGAACAAAAUGUAUUUAAUUCGACAUCAAAAUUAUUUGGUAAAAAUUCCUAAUCGAUGGAGACGUUAUUGCUAUAGACACAUGCAUUCAUUCCAUGUACACACACACCCCACAUUGAAAAUACAAAUACUUAUGCCUGUCUGUGUAGGAUUUCCUGUGGGUUCAUCUUCCUUUUUUCCUUCAGGGUCUUCGCGGUUCACGUCAUAUCAAUUUCACGGGUGGUUUGCAUGUUCACAUAACACAACCCAAAUGCCCGUCUGCUCUAAACUGUAUAGUACUGCUAUAUACAAACGGCCUCUGUACUUUAAGCGUUUUGCUCCGUUUGUUUUUGGUGACGUACAUCCUAUGGCAAGGAACGCUCACAUCGUGAAAAUGGCACAUGUGUCCUUAGUCUAGUUUCUAUUUCUUUAUAGAUGUAUUGCUAAACUUUUGCUUUUUAAAAAUGAAAAAAAAAGUUGUGUGUAAUAGUUUUUCGAAAGAUGGUGUAGACCUUGUUUGCCUGCACUAACGGUUUUCAAGGAUGGUUUAUAUUAGGGGCUCAAUAGCCAGCCGCUUUCUCCGACGAUCGAUUUGUCUUUCCGAUCGUCGGUUUUCUAUAAAAUUAACGUAGCGUCACAUUUUUUGAAACCUCAUUUUUAGAUGUGGCCUCGACGUUCAAUUCAACGCUUUUAUGGAACCCACACAUUUCUCCGCAUCGAUAGAAAUGUCGAUUUUGGAAACAUACUCUCCUUCUUUAUU